AGGAAGGAAGUGUUCCAUGGAAGCACCCCUGUGAUUAACCAUUAGGGCACAGGCAUUCCAAUUCUGCGAUUCAAAGAGGUUCCCUGUUUUGCGAUUCUGAGAAUCGAGUCUGUUCAUCCUAUCAAUGGUAGUCGCUGGCUCCCUACAUUUCAUCUACAAUUGGAAACCCCCAGUUAGCAAGAUAAGAUCCUUAUUCAUCCGAUCAUGAUGAGUCCUAGGGAAGAUGUGCUCUCUCUCUCUCUCUCUCUCUCUCUCUAAAGACUCCCUCUGAUUUAUCUCCCCCCUCCAAUUUUUGCAUAACCUCUCUCUCUCUUUCAUCUCUUCCACCUCAAAUUUUCUGCAAAUCACCCUCUCCUCCCCUUUCACUCACAUUUUUUUGGCAAUUCAGAUCUCAGAUUACCAAGAGAGAGGAUUUAGGGGGAAAGGAAAAGUGUGAGACCAAGGCAGUUUUUGCAGACCCUAGUUAUUGACUUCUUCUCUGUAUCAACGAAGGGCUUGGGUAGUUCUGUAAACUCAGCCCAUAAGUGGUUAAUGCUUUUAAAAAAAGGUCACUUUGAAUUACCAAUAUUGCCCCCGAAUUCCUGAUUUCUCCCCCCACCACUCUCCGACCCCCAAACCCUUCCCUUCCGAGUCCCGCGGCAUAUUUUCCUUUUCUCUUUUAACUAUGGUCAGUCCUUUGUGCUUAAUUCCCCAACUGUAGGACUGGAUCUUGAUUUGGGGUAAUUACAGGAUACUUGAUUUGUGAGUUGUGACCUUUGUAAACUCCAAAUCAAGAAAGAAUAUAUCGGAUAAUUUGAUCAAAGAACAACUGAAGCUUGGGAGCCAUGGCGGAGGGUAACAAGGGCACCCAAACUCCAAAGAUGAAACCCCGCCCCAUCGUUCGUAUAGGGAUUUUCCUCAUCUCUCACAGCUUCUUUGUCUGUGUGGUUUGCUGUACUGCAGGGAUUGUGGCUCUUUUGCUGCUACCUGUUUUGGCUAAGAGCACCUAUAUCUCUGAAAACGCCCUCAUGCCUGGUUCAGCCAACCCCAUGUUAUCUGUUCAAGAAGUAGCAGAGGCAGAUAGAUUGGUUAAGGAUAUGAUUGGCUUGAAAGAAAAGUCUGGAGAAGCAGGAAAGGAAACUCCGAGAUUGAUAGCACAGCAUAUGGCAGAUUUGGGUGUUGAAUUUUAUCAUCACAAGUUCCAUCCUCAAACAAAUCACUUUCAUCCACUGGACCCUUUUUCUGGCAAAUCUUAUUCUGGAAAAAUCACAGAGAAUAGUAGUUGUGCAGUUUAUGGUAUCAAUACUGUUGGAAUAAUUAGAGCACCUCGUGGUGAUGGGAAAGAAGCUAUUGUCUUGGUUACACCUUACAAUCCGGUGAAGCUUGAACUAAAUGAGGCUUUGUCAGUAGCCCUUGCCUACUCAAUAAUCUCCUUUCUUACUCAAGUCACUUGGCUUGCGAAGGAUAUUGUAUGGCUGGCUGCAGAUUCACGGUAUGGAGAGUAUGCCUCAGUUGCUGCUUGGCUAAGAGACUAUCACACACCUGCAUUCAGUGAUGCUUUGGGGAAAUUAGAUGCUGGCAUGUGUCCAGAAACCAAUACCCUCCUUGAACAGAAUGUAAAUGCUGCAAGUAAGGGGAGAGUUAAAGAUGACUUUAGUCGUGCUGGAACGAUGGCUGCUGCACUUGUCUUUAAGGUUGUGAAUAGGCACAAGGAAACAGAGAAGGAUGCUCUUACCAUAUUUGCUGAGGCAUCUAAUGGUCAAAUGCCAAACCUGGAUCUGAUCAAUAUUGUAAACUAUUUGGCGGUACAUAGACAAGGAUUGCAUGUAAAAGUGGAGAAAGUAUAUUCUCUACUUAACUCUAUGUGGCUCAAGGUUGUGGGUGACAUUCUUCAUUUGGUAGACAAAGUUGCUAGAAGCAUAAAUCCGCAAUGGAAAUUCGCUAUUCCUUUGGAAGAUUAUAUUGAAGGUGCUGCUACACUUGCAAGCUCAAUGUAUCAUCAGGCUUUGGGUCUUCCCACUGGAUCACAUGGUGCUUUCCGUGAUUAUCAAGUUGAUGCUGUUACUUUGGAAAUUUCAUCCAAAGUUUCUUUGCUUAACAAGUCAGCAAGAUAUGAGUUUCUUCUAAGGAUCGGCAGGUUGGUUGAGGGGAUCAUACGGUCAGUUAACAACCUCCUUGAGAAGUUUCACCAGUCGUUCUUCCUCUAUUUCUUGACCUCUCCUGGUAAGUUUGUGUCAGUUGGAGUCUACACUAUUGCUUUUGUGCUUCUUGCCUUGCCGCUUCCAAUAGUCGCAGCUGCGCUGUAUUCUGGUGCUAAUGGGAGGGACUAUAGCUCAAGUGACAAAUCAAACUCUGCUUCUACUAAUGGGCUUAGCACUGCUCUGAAAUCUUGGAAAUGGCUUCAUGCUGCAAAGGUGGUGUUCAUCGUUCAUUUAUGGGGAGCCAUUGUUUCUUUACUUCCCUACCUGAUCUGUCGAUUGCAUGGGAUGACUCCAACAACGAGCAUGCUCUCUUGGGUUUCACUCUCCAUUUGCACCCUCCUUGUCUUGUAUCAGAUUUCUGGUUCUCCUUAUUCGUGCUCCAGUUUGCCUCAAUCUCAGCACAGACAAUGGGCUAUUAUGAAGGCUGUGAUGAUAGCUGCUGCUUCUAUUGGCCUGGUUAUCAUGUCAAUCAUUAACUUUGCAACGGCUCAGAUUGGAGCUCUGCUGAUGGUCCCGAUGUGUCUAAUGGCCCACCCCUUAAAAUAUGUGCACAGGCUUGGACGGUUGAGAGCUCUCACCUUGAUUGCUUGUAAUUUGUUUCUUGGAUUUUUCGGAUUCCCUCCAACAGCAUUACUAGUGAUGAGGAUAUGGUCAGAAGGCAUCAAUGGUGUCAGUGUGGGUGAUUUCUGGAUCUGGGUGGAGUCUCUCUGGGCUUGGAACAGUGCCACUUAUCUCUACUUGGGUCUGGUUCAUCUUCCUUGCUGGUUACUAUGUGUGCAUAUUUUGUUCCAUCCAUGUUGAAUUUCCUAGUUGGUGAAGUAGAUAUGUUUUGGCCUUUAGAAAUGUACAUGUAUAUGUGGUGAAGAUGAUCUACCAUGCCAGGCAAUUCUUCCGCAAGAUGGAAAUGGAAAUGUGGCAGCCCUCUAUCAUGGAUAUUACGUCACUGAGUUCGUUUAUAUACCAAUCGUUAAAACCACCCACAGUCACUGAUCUGAAUAGACACAACUUUAUCUUUGUAUGGAUUUCCACUGUGACAGAACCUUGUCAUCAAUUUGCUUCAAGACUUGCAUGACAAUCUGAGUCAUUACAUUUUUUAUUGCUUUCAGUUUUGGUGGAGAGGGAGUUGAAUUGAAAUAUGCACAACAUACUGAAACUCUAUGUUUACCUUGCUGGGACAAUCGGCCACAUUCUUUUGAUUGUCAUUUGCAGCUACAGGUGAAUAAUCAGUGAAGUGUCUGGUUUGCUA